AUGAAUACCGGAAGCUCUAGCCAGAACCCACACCACGGCAUGGAAAUAAACCAAGUGGCCCUCAGGGAAGGACUGGAAUCAGAAGAAAGUGAUGCCCGGCAUUCAGCACAUGGCAGCACAGGGAGUAGGAGGUCCAGGACCGGUUCCAGAAGGAUGAACCUGAUACAGGAAUCUGUGUUACGACAAGAGGUCACAACACAAAGAGCCAGGAUACUCUAA